AUGGCGCCUGGUGGUGGAGGAAACAUUAAAGUCGUUGUGCGGUGUAGGCCGUUUAACAGCAGAGAGAUCGAGCGCGGAGCAAAAUGUAUAGUGCAAAUGAAAGAUGCGCAAACGGUCAUCACUCCACCAGAAGGACAUGAGGCGAAGACAAGAGAUGCAAAGGGUGGGAAGGCGGAUACGGGGCAGAAGGUUUUCGCAUUUGAUCGUUCAUACUGGUCUUUCGACAAGAAUGAUCCGAGUUACGCAGGGCAAGACAAUCUCCAUACGGACUUGGGAAAACCACUUUUGGAUAAUGCCUUUCAGGGUUACAACAACUGCAUCUUCGCAUACGGUCAAACGGGUUCGGGAAAAUCAUACUCGAUGAUGGGAUACGGGAAAGACGCAGGUGUUAUUCCGAAGAUUUGUCAGGAUAUGUUCGAAAGGAUAGGGGAAUUGCAAAAGGACAAGAAUUUGAAAUGCACCGUCGAGGUAUCAUAUCUGGAAAUUUACAACGAGCGAGUACGAGAUCUUCUAAACCCAUCGACAAAAGGCAAUCUAAAAGUUCGAGAACAUCCCUCUACUGGACCAUAUGUGGAAGACUUGGCGAAACUGGUUGUGAGCAGCUUUCAGGAGAUUGAGAACUUGAUGGACGAGGGAAACAAAGCCCGUACAGUCGCAGCUACUAACAUGAAUGAAACUUCUAGUAGAAGUCAUGCUGUCUUCACUCUAACUCUAACACAGAAACGUUUGGAUGUGGAGACAAAGAUGGCAAUGGAAAAGGUUGCGAAAAUUAGUUUGGUCGAUUUGGCAGGUUCCGAACGAGCAAAUUCUACUGGUGCAACUGGAGCGCGACUGAAAGAAGGUGCUGAGAUUAAUAGAUCUCUAUCGACACUUGGUAGGGUAAUUGCUGCGCUGGCCGACUUAUCUGAAGGAAAGAAGAAGAAAGUGGGAAAGGGAAACCAAGUUCCAUACCGAGACAGUGUUUUGACUUGGCUUUUGAAGGAUUCUCUGGGAGGAAAUAGUAUGACAGCUAUGAUUGCAGCCAUUAGUCCUGCAGAUAUAAAUUUCGAUGAAACUCUGAGUACCUUGAGAUAUGCCGAUAGUGCAAAGAGAAUCAAGAAUCACGCUGUUGUGAACGAGGAUGCGAAUGCUCGUAUGAUCCGUGAGUUGAAAGAAGAAUUGGCUCAGCUGCGGGGUAAAUUGACAGGUGGUGGCGGCGGCGGUGGAGACGUAGGUCCAGCGGAUGAAAUCUACGCAGAGGGUACGCCUCUAGAGAAGCAAAUGGUCACAAUCGUUUCAUCGGAUGGUGCUGUGAAAAAAGUAUCAAAAGCGGAAAUUACCGAACAACUCAAUCAAAGCGAAAAACUCUACUCGGAUCUCAACCAGACUUGGGAGGAAAAAUUACAAAAAACUGAAGAAAUUCACAAAGAGCGAGAAGCUGCUCUGGAAGAAUUGGGUAUCAGCAUCGAAAAGGGUUUUGUUGGAUUACAUACACCAAAGAAGAUGCCCCAUCUUGUGAAUUUGUCGGAUGAUCCACUUCUAGCAGAAUGUCUCGUCUACAACCUCAAACCUGGAAUGACUACUGUUGGCAACGUCGAUUCCACUGCAGCCCAUGCUGCGGAAAUCCGACUGAAUGGUACUCGUGUAUUACACGAGCAUUGCAUUUUCGAGAAUGGCGCUGAUAAUGUGGUAACUCUUGUGCCAAAUGAAGGGGCAGCAGUAAUGGUAAAUGGGCAAAGAGUGGAAAAGCCAACUCGAUUGAGAAGUGGUUACAGGGUUAUUAUUGGUGAUUUUCAUAUCUUCAGGUUCAACAACCCAACAGAAGCUCGAGCGGAGCGUGCAGAACAGAGCCUCCUACGACAUUCAGUUACUGCCAAUCAACUGGAAAAUAUAAAAGAUUGGGACAAAUUCUCGCCUUCUUCUACCCCUCGACCGGCUCAUGAUCGGACAUUCAGCAAAGCUAUUUCCGACCUCGAUCUUGAUGGCAGUAGCCGAGCGGAUUCUCCAGCGCCUGGGCGUGCUCUUUCCGAUUGGUCACUGGCGAGACGCGAGGCGGCAGGGGCCAUUUUAGGAACUGAUCAAAAAAUCGCAGGUUUAUCCGACGAAGAGCUCAAUGUUUUAUUUGAGGAUGUUCAAAGAGCAAGAGCUGAACGUGCAACUGCAAAUAUGGAGGAUGACCUGGACUCGGUGACUUCGUAUCCAAUGCGAGAAAAGUACCUUUCCAAUGGUACCUUACCAGUAAUUUCUCUUUGGACACUGCAUUGA